CUCCCUUGCGAGUUAAGUUUCACCAAAGCCCCUUUCCUCCCCUCCCCUUACUUAAGUCUUAUUUCCGCCAUUUUUGCUACUGUUCGAAGAAAAAUUGAAAUGGAAUUGCAAUUGCCUCCAGGAUUCCGGUUCCACCCGUCCGAUGAAGAGCUCGUGAUGCACUACUUAUGCCGAAAAUGUACUUCACAGUCAAUUUCUGUACCUAUUAUAGCAGAAAUUGACCUCUACAAGCAUGACCCAUGGAACCUUCCUGGAUUAGCUCUGUAUGGGGAAAAAGAAUGGUACUUCUUUUCGCCUCGGGACAGGAAGUACCCAAACGGGUCAAGGCCUAAUCGGGCGGCUGGGAGUGGGUACUGGAAGGCGACCGGAGCGGAUAAACCGAUCGGUCGCCCGAAAGCAGUUGGAAUUAAAAAGGCCUUGGUGUUUUAUGCUGGUAAAGCGCCUCGAGGUGAAAAGACUAAUUGGAUAAUGCACGAGUAUCGGCUAGCCGACGUAGAUCGCUCGGCUCACAGAAGGGACAAUAGUCUUAGGGUGGGUGCACCUCAAUUGAUAAUAACUUUCUAAUUCUGUAUUAGAGAAAUGAUUCAUUCUUAUCUGCGUAAUUUGAGAUUUAAAAGAC